GUGAUCAAAACGCGCCAGUCCCGGGCAAAUGCAAACUGCAGUGUUUACGGUUUUUUAUGCCCAUUUUAAAUGAAAAUUACUGCAAAAGUACGCUAGCUGUGGAAACAAACGUAAAGAGAGCAAGUUGACGGAGUGUUUCCGAGUGUCGUUUUACAAUUUCCGUCUUCAGAAAUAAUGGGAACCGCCACCAAAACACCUCCAGGAGCAGAUCCUAAACAGCUGGAGCGCACAGGAACGGUCCGAGAGAUCGGAUCACAAGCUGUUUGGUCACUGUCCUCUUGCAAACCAGGGUUUGGAGUGGACCAGCUGAGGGAUGAUAAUCUGGAGACGUACUGGCAGUCUGACGGCUCUCAGCCUCAUCUAGUGAACAUUCAGUUCAGGAGGAAGACCACUGUGAAGAUGCUUUGUAUUUAUGCUGAUUACAAAUCAGAUGAAAGUUACACGCCCAGCAGGAUCUCGGUGCGCGUCGGAAACAACUUCCACAACCUGCAGGAGAUCCGGCAGCUGGAGAUGGUGGAGCCGAGCGGCUGGAUCCACAUCCCUCUGCUAGACCUGGUCAACAAUCCCAUCAGGACCUUCAUGAUCCAGAUCGCGGUGCUGGCAAACCAUCAGAACGGACGGGACACACACAUGCGGCAGAUUAAAGUCUACACGCCCGUGGAGGAGAGCUCCAUUGGCAAAUACCCACGAUGCACCACUGUAGACUUCAUGAUGUACCGCACCAUCAGAUGACAGCAGUAAUCUGUUUGUGAAGAGAAUCGUUCCAAAAGUACAUGCACAAAUCUACAGGAAAUAAAUGUGUUUUUUUAAUGACAAAAAAA